UAAAACAAAAACGGCAAUUAGGUUAUCUCCGCGAUUCCCCCACGCUUCUUACAAAAACAAAACCCCGUUUAUAUAUGCAUUCUCAUGACGGGACCAUGGUCACGAAUUCAUAAAUAUAUAUAUGAUAUAUACAUCAUACAUGCACAACUUGUAUGUCUAGUUGAUAUAUUAUUUAUGGCCGAUCCGUAUCGUAACGUGCCCAAAAGUGACCAACCAACUCCAACCUCCAAUUCUUCCAACCCUGCCUUUAUACUACUUCCUCCUCCCGCUCCUCCUGAUCCUACUCCUCCAGCAGCACACGAUCGAGACUGCUCCUCGUCGCCCAGACCCGGGCCCUCGGGCGCCUCCACAUCCUCAUCGCCCAGGGGCCACCCGGUGUACAGGGGAAUCCGGUCCCGGAGCGGGAAAUGGGUGUCCGAGAUUCGGGAGCCGCGUAAGACGACGCGCAUAUGGCUUGGGACGUACGCCAAGCCGGAGAUGGCUGCGGCUGCCUACGACGUGGCGGCGAUCGCUCUGAAAGGACCCGAUACGGCGCUGAACUUCCCCAACUCGAUUCUUACGUAUCCGAUACCGGCUUCCUCUGCUGCGAGUGACAUACGCGCUGCGGCGGCUAGGGCAGCUCAGUCGAGGGCAGAGAUGAUAUCUGCCGGCGAGAGCGGAGGGAGAUCGGAGCCGGGUGGGGUAAAAAAUGAGGAGGGUAGGGUUGGGCAGGAGGAGGAGGAGGAGGAGUUUAUGGAUGAGGAAGCGCUUUUGAAUAUGCCGAAUUUGCUGGUGGACAUGGCGGAGGGAAUGCUGGUGAGCCCCCCGAGAAUCUCUUCCGAGGACUCGCCUGGAAAUUCCGAUGGAGGAGAAAAUCUCUGGAGCUAUUAAUUGAUUAGUUUUCUUUGAAUGCUUUUUGGAUUAUUAUUCAGGAAUCAAUAAGCAAAUUUGUUGGUGGAUAUCAUCAGUGGUUUGAGCUUAAUUCGGACGAAAAUUAAGGGUAUGAUUCUCUUCUGUGUGUGUGUGUAUUUUUGUGGAAUAAUUUUUGUACAACGAUAUAUGCAUUUAGAUGCUAGCUUCAUCUCUACUGCAG